CUCGCUCGCUCUCCAUCUCCUCUCGCGGGUCCCGUUCCGCCUUUCCCGCCGGCGGCCCUGGCAGAGUAGGCACGGCAGGGUGGGGGCGGCGAGGGACUCUCCAUGCAAGACCAUGACGGGCAUCGCCGCCGCCUCCUUCUUCUCCAAUACCUGCCGCUUCGGGGGCUGCGGGCUCCACUUCCCAAGCCUGGCGGACCUCAUCGAGCACAUCGAGGACAACCAUAUCGAUACAGACCCACGUGUAUUAGAGAAACAAGAACUACAACAGCCAACAUAUGUUGCUCUCAGUUACAUUAAUAGGUUCAUGACUGAUGCGGCUCGACGAGAACAGGAAUCUCUAAAGAAAAAAAUUCAGCCUAAACUUUCCUUGACUUUAUCAAGUUCUGUGUCCCGUGGGAAUGUAUCUACUCCUCCACGCCACAGCAGUGGAAGCCUUACACCGCCAGUCACACCACCUAUUACCCCAUCCUCUUCAUUUCGUAGCAGUACACCUACAGGUAGCGAAUACGAUGAGGAGGAAGUAGAUUAUGAAGAUUCAGACAGUGAUGAAUCCUGGACCACAGAAAGUGCCAUCAGCUCUGAAGCUAUCCUAAGUUCCAUGUGUAUGAAUGGAGGGGAUGAAAAACCUUUUGCUUGCCCUGUACCUGGGUGUAAAAAGCGAUAUAAGAAUGUUAAUGGUAUAAAAUACCAUGCCAAGAAUGGUCACAGGACACAGAUCCGUGUGCGGAAGCCAUUCAAAUGCCGUUGUGGAAAGAGUUACAAGACAGCUCAGGGUCUGCGGCACCAUACAAUCAAUUUCCACCCUCCAGUGUCUGCUGAGAUUAUCCGGAAGAUGCAGCAAUAACUGGCUGGUCACAAAUGUGCCAAGCAAUCCUCACCAGCAGUUGCUGAUUUUGAAGACAGCCACCUUCUCUUGGGGAAGUACUCAGCAAUCCCUUAAAGAAUUUAAUUGCAUGCUUUACCAUUUUUUUCCUGUAAUUUUGGAAUGAUGUUAUCUUUGUAGAGUUAAUUAUUUUGUACAUUUGCACAUGUAAUCAUCAUGCCCAUAUACAUUACUUUGCUAUAAGGUGCUAAAAGCUACACAUUCUUCAAGGCAUCUCUUCUCCCCCUCCCCACCUACUCCCCAAAGAAUUAGGGGAUAGUGUAUAUUUUAUCUGUUUUUCAGUGUUAAAUGAGAGGGGAGACAAAGACAGCUUGGCACUGAGAUAAUUUCAAGAUUGUAAUGUGGUUGAAGAAGUUCAACACAUCCGUUCCCAUGUGCUUGCAAAACCAAAACAAUUCCCCCAUUAUCCACCUGGUUAAUAUGCCUUAUGUAAUAGAAAUCUGUGGAAUAGCAAGGUUUUAGGUAUUGAAAUU